GCAUAAGAAGGCCGUAAAUCAUAAACUGGUUUGCUACGUCUUCAAUGAACAAUGGACAUCGAUCCCUGGCUCAAUGUGUACCAACCUGUAAUAAUGGCUAAUUAAUUGGCUAGAUGCGGCCUUUCUUCAGCCUGUGGCCGAGACGUCAAUGAGGACAUUUUUAUGAUCCACCAUGGUGACAUUGCGUGUUACGUGUAUGUGCCCAGUUAGUAGUUGGAUCAAAGAAUACAUUGCAUCGCCAGAUACAAGUAAAUCUUCUGCACACCUGUCGCGGUUGAUGUUUUGUGGAGCCGUGGAUUGCUUUGAUUGAACGAAACUGGAUCCUUGGUUGUGGUUGCUUGCCAUAAGAUAUUAAGAAGCCUUGAACUUAAACGUUUUAAAUCGGAUAUCAGAAAAAGAGAGUUAUCAUGAAGUUACAAAAUGCAUUAUUACCAAUACUAUUGGGUCUACAUAUCGUCUUGAUUAACGCAAAUCACAUGCAAGCGGAAUUUUCGAGGAGUCAGCAGGCAACGCUCGGACAAUCUAUCGGUAACUUUGGCCACUCGACAGGAAAUAUCGACCAGUCGUCAGGAAACUUCGGUCAGUCGUCAGAUAAUUUCGGUAUUGCUACAGAAAACUUCGGUCUGACGUCAGAUAAUUUCGGUUUGUCAACAGGCAACUUCGGUCAGUCGACGGGACCCUUCGAUCAGGCGUCAGGAAAUUUUGUUCAAUCUUCCGGAAAUUUCGGCCAGACCACAGGAAGUGUUGAUCAGUCAUCUGGAAUUUCAGACCGAUCGUCUGGCAACUUUGGUCAGUCUUUUGGGCAAUUUGAGCAGUCAUUUGUGAACUCUGGGCAGCGAUCAACCGGUAACUUCGGCCAGUCAACAGGAAACUUUGGCCAGUCAACAGAUAACUUAGGCCAGUCAACAAGUAACUUUGGCCAGCAGCAAUCAACCGGAAACUUUGGCCAGCAGUCAAGACGGUUGAUGGGACCAUCAAACUUUGCUAUGUCGGCUCCCUCUACCGUGGACUUCUUCAAUAGUAAUCUACAACUUGACAACAUUAUGCCCAGUGCCGAGAUAGGACCUAGUGCGAACGCGCGCAUACAGGGAAUGGGACAAGGUGGUGGUAGGUCUCGUGGUGGGCGUCACCAGAUGAUGACGCCACGAAGGGGAGUCCCUAACGGUGGAAUCCAGGAAGAUCCUGAUUUCAUUCGUCGCAUUCUGGGGAGCACCACCAUUGGUCGCGAGCUCAGGAUGGGAGAACUAGGUCUUCCCCGUCAUGGCGGCGCCGGACAAGGCGAAAGGCACGCUAACGGGCUGCUCGACGGUUGGGACGGCAACCCGCAGACGCUCCAGCAGGUGUCCCGUGGCUGGGCCGACCCCUUCCGCGGACAACCAAUACCACAGGUGCCCAUUGGCUUCAGCGGAAAUUUCGGAGCAAUCUCUGGAUUCUCCGCUUUCUCAAAUCGUCUCUUCCGUUAAUUCAUGCGGUGCCUUAAUUCUACAAGAAGCUAUUCGAUGCAAUCGACAACGGAGAACUUUUUAAAGUAUUUAUUCAGUCGACCAGUUUUGACCAAAAUCAGGUCGAGUUUUGUAAUAAUUUCUCACGGAUUGACUUGUUACCAGAUAUUUGUAAUUUUAUUUUAAUACCAAAGAACUGGAGUGACGUUCAGGAAUUCUAUCAAGAACAGCACAAAACAAAUAUUUUAAAAAGACAAAGUCAAACUUCCACUCUUCAAGUUGGUCCAUUUUAUAUAUUUGCGCUUGAGACAAUAAUCAUAAUUAUGAAGAAGUUUGAUAUGUAUUGUUGUCUUCGUUUUUUGUUUGUUAUAUAACGCUUUGUAUGUUUUAUAAUUAAGUUCUAUACGUCUUUAAUGAUCUAAUUAGCGGAAAAAACACAUGUAUUACCAAUUAAAAAGUUAGUUAUCUUUAAACAAAUAUCAUGAAGAUCUAACUCACCGAUUUGCAACAAUUAUCCGUGUAAUAAUUAAUGUUCAUAUCUGAUGCACACAUUGUCUAAUCUUAAACAAACAUAUGUCGAUUGAAAAAAAAUCAUAAUCGUAUAUAGUUUAUUUGUAUCACUAAUAUUUUAGAUAAAUAAGAGAUUUUUAUAUAGUUCAUAAACAUGUGGUGUUGUUUAUUACGAUGUAUCACACAUUUCUACCACACAGAUAUAUUCUCUGCUUGACGAUUGUUUAUUCCAUGGUUAAGGUUUUGCGUUAUGUUUUUUGUUAUUAUUUUGAUAAUGAUUUUAUUUAUUUAUUUAAAUAAAUAACAUUUAAACAUUG